ACUUCAGCAGAUGCUUCGUCUGUGAUGAAACUCCAUGAUCACGCAUGCAUCUAAUUCCCGUUAUUAAACUAGUGCUUCCGAUGACUUUCGUUUUCACAGAGAGACUCUAAACUGAACUCGUGCCGUUCACACCGUCGCCCGGUUAGGAGCGGUUAAGAGUGCGCCUGCAGUAGUUAACACAUUAGAGACUGUGCUGCAUAUGAAAGAGAGCUCAGCGCUGCUACAACGUGUUAAAGUGCAAUUCCCAGAGGAUGACCCCAGGACUGACCAAUGACAGCACAGAUCCGGGAAAGGCAUCCCCUCUCUAGUAGCUUUCCUACACUCAACCAUAUGUCUUCAGAUCUGUCUCAAGCUUCACACACGCAAGACCUCUGUCCAUCGCUCCUGAGUCAAAGGUUCCCCAAAAACAAGAGGAAGAUCUCAGGACUUGCACAAGUGAACUGAAUAUAAACUGCAAGUGAAGUUCUCCUCGGAUCCCCCUCAUCAGCUGUGGCGAUGUCGGUGUCUCUCUCCAGUCACCCCGCAGUGAGGGACAGGAGUCUGGCUGUCUACCCGUCUCUGCCCGGCGCGCACAGCAUUUUCCAUCCGCUCAAGUCUCUGGGCCGCAUGGUGACCGACGCACAGACAAUCAUGCCGUUUAACUUCGCCGGGACUCCGUCUUUUUUCAGCCACAACAGCCACCAGACCGCGCGGUGUUUCCACGAACAGAUCCUCAACGUGUCCAGCAUGCCGUAUUUCCAGCACAUGCACCCGUCACAAAGCAUGAACCCCAGACAUGACGAUCAGAGCACCGGCUCUCCGUUCGAGUUCAGUAGCCCGUCCAGCGGAAAGUCUUCUUCGGCUUCGUCGACUCCGGUUAAAGCCAGUUUUAGCUGCCUGCAAGCCGCAGAUCCAUCCCCAGAACACACGAACACCUACAGUUUUACAGAGGAAGACCUCUUCACUGUCCUGUACGGAUAUUCCAAAAAACAAGGGCAAAAUGUUGGACAUGCCAUCUCUGGACUAUCAUUUCCUCACAGUACAGCUGAUCGUCAUCUUCUCCCUGUUGAUACCGAAGGAUUUGAACUUCCAGAAGGUUUAUCGAUUCUCCAGACUAAUUGUGGAAGCCUUUCACAUUAUGGAAUAUUUGCUGAUAAAAGCACAAUUCCAAAAGGCACCAGGUUUGGACCGUUUCAGGGCAAACUUGUAAACACAAGUGAGAUCAAAACCUAUGAUGACAACACUCUCAUGUGGGAAAUCUUUGAGAACGGCCGCUUGAGUCACUUUGUGGAUGGAAGAGGCGCUCCAGGGAAUUGGAUGUCCUUGGUAAAGUGCGCGCGCUUCCCCGAGGAGCAGAACCUGAUUGCGGUCCAGUGUGAAGGUCAGAUAUACUAUGAGGCCUGCAAAGAGAUCCGAGCCGGCCAGGAGCUCCUGGUCUGGUACGGAGACUGCUAUGUGCAAUUUCUGGGUAUUCCUCUCACCCUCAAAGAUUUUACUGAUGGCACUGAACCGCUCCCAACUGAAGAUUCUGGAGAGGGUUUCAAGUGUGAUCGCUGUGGUAAAGUGUUUGCUUACAAGUACUACAGAGACAAACACUUGAAAUACACGCGCUGCGUGGAUCAGGGCGACAGAAAGUUCCCCUGCCACCUCUGCAACAGGUCUUUCGAGAAAAGAGACCGGCUCCGAAUCCACAUUCUCCAUGUGCAUGAAAAACACAGACCACAUAAGUGCUCCGUGUGCGGCAAAAGUUUCUCGCAGUCCUCCAGUCUUAACAAACACAUGCGCGUGCACUCAGGAGAGCGGCCUUACAAAUGUGUUUACUGUAACAAGGCGUUCACGGCCUCCAGCAUCCUCCGCACGCACAUCCGCCAGCACUCCGGCGAGCGGCCGUUCAAGUGCAAACACUGCGGGAAAGCGUUCGCCUCUCACGCGGCCCACGACAGCCACGUCCGACGGACACACUCCAAAGACAAGCCCUUCUCCUGCGAUGUGUGUGGAACAACUUUCCAAGAAGCACAAGAGUUAAAAUAUCACAUGACGACGCAUAAAAAACGACCACUGUUGGACAGCACUGUUGUUCUUCCUGGAAACGAAAACUCGCUCUUCCCCACCAAAAAUUCUUUACAUGCACAGAAACAGCUGGGAGACAAUUUCUCUUUUCCCGGGAAGAGCAGCAUCACCUCCGAGUACAGACCCUGGAACUAAUGCUUCAACACUGUUUCUGUUUGUUCGUUCUUCCGCCUUUUCCCUGCAAAGAUGACUUGCGUCAAUGUUGUUUGUUAUUGUGUAUUUUAUUUAAUAGUUACCUGUCCCCUAAGAACAUAUUUUCGCUUUAAUUUUAUUAUUUUAAAUGUUGCUGCUAUUUAUUAAAAUGUAUUUGACUAGAGAAAUACGUGUUUUUGUAGACCUACUUUUUAAAGUUAGCUCAAAGCAAAUAUAUCGUCGUGUAAUAAUGAGCUGCACAACCAAAGCCAGUUAAUAAAACAAAAGACGAAAUUAUUAUUAUUAUUAAUAUUACUGAUUGUCCUGUUAUGUGUCGUUCUUUUCUAUUUGUACAGUCUUUAUCAUGAGCUGUAACUGCUGUUCAGAUAUGUCAGUGUGUGUCGGAUCGUCUGCAAACUAAAAAUUAAAAUUACUGAUAUGAAAAAUAUCUGUUAUAAAUUCAAUGUUUUGAUUUU